UAAGUAGUACUAUUUAAGAUUAAUUUAUCCCUCACUUUCUCUUUCACUCACUACCUGAUGCUGAUACUGGGAGGAGGCAACAAUGCGUAGAGAGUGAGCAUCAACGAUGUAGAAGGGAUGUAGAGCAAGAGAAGAAUAAGAACAUCAGUGAUCUAAGUGAGAAAGGGAAAGGUCAGAUGCGUAGAAGGUGGAGGAAGCAAACAAAAGAAGAGGAAAGAGAAGGCAGAGGCUAGGAAGCAGUACACCCCUCCUCAGAGUCCAGAUCCUGACCAACAGCCGACGCAGCAGCCAGGCUCUCCAUGGUCAGGAUAGCAUGCAGUUAGGAUUGAUAAUAAAUGGACACAUUCAGCGAAUAAGAAGCAGGCCUAUCAUUGAUGGGUAAUUAAGUAUACAUGACAUGACCCAUUAAGUUACUGUGAGAGUGUGUGUACAUGAUGGCUGGUUUAAGCACCCUCAGCUGGCCUUAGUCAGAUGGAUUGGACUCGGUGAGGCUGCACACCUGUUGUGCAUUGAGAAAUCAAUGUGCACAAGUUAAACCAGCCAUCACCGCAUUCAAUCUGUGAGUUUUUCAUACAUGGCAACAUUGAGCACCAGGCCGUGUAUUAUUAUCAGCAAAUCUUACAAUAAACCGGCCUCAACAUCACCAUCUUGCGUCCUUGUCUGGAGGACACCUAGGUGGAGUUAAAGUGACCUAGGUGGAGUGUGGCAGCUACGUAGGUGGUGUGUAGCAUUGACUUUGUUAGUUACCAAUUAAAUUGUGUUAUGUUUCAGGAGACAGGCGAUUUUGGGGAAGAACAGAGACAAAAGAAGAACUUCAAAAAUCAUUAGAAAAGGAAAGAAAAUAAGCUGACAUAUACAUACAAAAACAUAAGUAAUGAGUAAGUAAGUGAGUUUAACUCACUUACUUUUGAACGAGCAGAUUCAAGACGGACAGAAUAAGCGCCAAAGUCUGAAAAAGUACUCUGCCAUGAAGCCUUGAAGUACUUUAAAGCAAGAAAAGACAACUAAUGUUGAAGGUAACAGGGGAAGGAUUGUAAAAAAGUACAGUUUACAAGAAUUUUCAGAGUUUGCCCUUGGAUUCUAUCUUGGAAGUAUAGUCGCAAUGUUUAGAAUUAAAGCCAUUUGUACUACCAAAUAGACAUCCCACAGACACCACUGCGUUCAAGUCUAAAGUAAAAAAACUCUUCACCAGAGAUGACGUCUGUCGGAUAAUAGGACGAAAGCAAACUAAUACCACGAACAAGAAAGAAGCAGAAGAGGUUUCUUGUUGACACAAUGAACAAUCUUAAAUGCAUUUCUUUCUUAUUUCUUGAAAUCACAAAUAAUAUAUCAUACUCUCUUUUCUCUAAGCUUCAACCAUUUUGGGUUGUUCAUCCCACUCUCUCUGACCACAACACCUGUAUGUACAAGAUGCAUGAAAAUCUCAUAUUGAUUUGUUGAGGAGUUACAUUAUUUGUGGCUCAUUGACAUCUUAGCUCUCGGGAAUUUGACCAAAAUGAUAAUCUGUGACACCUCAAGCCAAAUGUGCAUGAAUGAUGAAGAGUGCAAAGACAAGACUGUUCAGCGCUCCAGCUUUGAUGGCUUGGCAAAGGUUAAAAUCACUCAAUGGGCCAGAGCAGAGAAAAAAAAGGGAAGAUACGAUGGGAGGGCUCUACCACUGUCAAGAUUACAGUAAACAAAACAAUGGAGUUUUUCCACACUCUUCAGCAUCAAUUCUAAAGGCCUAAGUUCACCAUUCAUCAGUAGAUCUCUUAUUGCAGUUUUGGAAAGAAAAUCUGUCAAAAGAAGAGGCAGUGAAUCACAUUGACCUCUGAAAACUACACGUGCAAAUACAGAUUCAAGCUGUCCACUUUGGCUCCUCCCACCAAUAAGGUACUUUGCACACUGUUUAUUUGUAAAUAGAUGGUGAAAAAGAUUUGAUUUAGCACAGUGUCGUCCUCCAAACACAAAAGUCCCACAGCUAUAUGGGAACACACGAAACCAAUGUUAGGGAAAGGGAAUUUCCUCUUUUUCUGCAUAGAGCUCGACAGAUGAGGUCUUAAAGGUGGGUGGCAUAUUGAAACAAGCAAUGGUAAGCAUGGUGUUAUGGGGACUCAGAAAAGAACAACAGACAAGCUUGUGACCAACAGCCGUGACACACCCGAUGCCAAUGAGCUUCACAGAAACCUCUACAACUGUUAAUUGGUUUUCAGUGGAGCAGGCAAUGGAAAAUGCCAUCCACAAUGAAAAGAAACCAAGUGCUAACAUUCUCUCCAGGGAGGAUCCCAUAACAGAAAGUCAGUGGGAUCAUCUAUGAAACAGAUGAAUCACCUGGCCUUGUAGUACCUCUUUGAUGAGGUACUCAAAACUGUUCAAACACUGCAGCCUGUGACAUCCCGUUGCGUGGGAAUCCAGAGAGAUGGAAACGACUCUCCCAGUCGGUAUCAACACUCUCUUGAAGCCUUUGAGAUCUGGAGGAAUUUUUUUUUGGAAGUUAUUUUUAAUAUUCAUACUUCUAGUGACAAAUACCUAUAACUUUUCAGUUUUUUAGAGCCAUCACCAAAUGUUUCCAUUACCUUCUGCUCCUGUGGAUUAAACUUUAAAGUGGAUUUAUAUUAUUAUUAUUUUUACAAUUUGAACCGUUCAUGUUUAUUGAACGUUGAGAUUUACAUAAUUACUGACCAACCACUGAUGCACUGACAAUUACUGAUGUUUUUAUCACUUAUUUACUGGUCAGUAUUUGUAAAGUAUAAUACAAUCGUAUAUACUACAUAAUAUGCAGCUUUUUUUCAAGGAUGCUGUUGUAUUGAAAGCCGUCACAUCAGUUAUUACCUCAUCUAAGGGUAAUUUUGUUAAAUGUGUUAAAGUUCCCAGCGGAGUGUUUGCCCCGUCCAUCCUCCGCUGCCCCUCCCCGGUGGUUGGGACGAUGAGCUCUUGCAGCAGGAAGGCCCUGACGUUGCUCAGCAGCGUGUUUGCCGUCAGUGGGCUGGCCCUGCUGGGUGUGGCCGUCAGCACCGAUUACUGGCUCUACCUGGAGGAGGGCGUGGUCCUGCCCCUGAACCAGAGCGCGGAGGUCCGGAGCUCCCUGCACUCGGGCCUCUGGCGCGUCUGCUUCCUGGCUGGUGAAGAGGCUGGCCGAUGCUUCACCAUCGAGUACAUAAUGCCCAUGAACGUGCAGUUAACCUCCGAGUCGACUGUCAACGUUCUCAAGAUGAUUCGCUCGGCCACGCCCUUCCCCCUGGUCAGCCUGCUCUUCAUGUUCAUCGGCUUCGUCCUCAACAACAUCGGCCACGUGCGGCCCCACCGCACCAUCCUGGCCUUCGUCUCUGGAAUCUUCUUCAUCCUCUCCGGCCUAGCUCUGGUGGUGGGUCUGGUUCUGUACAUCUCCACCAUAAAUGACGAGAUGUUCAGCCGGACCAGCAGCAGCGAGGCCUUCUUCAACUACAAGUAUGGUUGGUCCUUCGCCUUCGCCGCCAUCUCCUUCCUGCUUACAGAGAGUGCGGGCGUCAUGUCGGUCUACCUGUUCAUGAAGCGCUACUCGGCGGAGGAUCAGUACCAGCCCCGCCACCCCGGCUUCUACCGGCCACGCCUCAGCACCUGCUCCGACCACUCGGGUCAGUUUCUGCACCCGGAGGCGUGGUCGCGCGGCCGCAGCCCCUCAGACCUCUCCAGCGAGGCCUCGCUGCAGAUUGGCGGCGCCAGCUACCCGGCGCUGCUCAAGUGCCCCGAGUAUGACCGGGUGUCCUCCUCUCCGUGCUGAUUGGUCGGUUGGUGCAGUGAGGGAGGGAGGGGGGACAAAAUGAUCGCCGAAAGACAAAACUGUGAAGAUAAAGGGAAAUGAUGUGUAUAAUGUUGAGAAUACUGUAUAAUGUUGUUCAUUUUUAUUUUAUUUAUUUUUCGCAGUGUAGGGUAGUAGAUAAUAUUUGGACUUUUUACCGCCUCAGGCUUGGUGUUUUCAGUUGUGAUUUGUUUGCCGUUUAAAACGCAGAUUUUGUUUUUACAGCAGCUCUGUCAAGUAUGCAUUGACAAUUUAGUCUCAAAGACCAAAAUGAUGGAUAAACAAUACUCAAUACAAUUCAAUACACAAUAAUAUUUGCUUUAGGGUUGCAAUAUGUAGGCUAUGGUAUAUUUAUGGCUAUAUUUUAUAGUAAAUUAUUUUAUUAUGUGAAUAUUGUACAACUGUACCGCCGUUAUCCAAAAUAUCCUGUCCUUCUAUGUUGCUUGUUUGUUUUUAUUAAAACCAAAAGAUAAGGUUUUACUGUUUAGUCAUUGCUAUUUAUAGCAAGAAACUGGGCUGCUCAUGAGU